UUUUGAGCAAGUAUAGUCCGACUUUUGGCAUUUCAUUUUGUGUCAAAGUUGGGACACAAAUUUGAGAAUUUUUAUUAAACGGAAAAGUAUAUUAAAAAAAGGAAUUUUAAAACAAACACGAAAUUACCUAAAAUAUUAAAAAGCAAACUUAAAUUUGAGGAGUGGCAGAGAUGGGUAACUUUGCUGUGAGACCGGAAACGGAAAAGGAAGUGCACGUGGGCGAUGGUAACGGACUCCGUUACUGCGUUAGUUCAAUGCAAGGCUGGCGUGUGGAAAUGGAGGAUAAACACAUUGCCGUUUGUAGCCUUAGGAAACCCUACGAAUCAUUGUCAUUUUUUGGGGUAUUUGAUGGUCAUGCUGGUGAUCAUAUAGCCGUCCAUUGUGCCGAGAAUCUGCUGACCACCAUAAUGAAAACUGAGCAAUUUUCUAGAGCAGAGUUCAAGGACGCGUUGCGAGAGGGUUUCCUUCGGCUGGACGAAGAGAUGCGUAAGAUAAGUGCGAAUAAGCCAGGUGGAACGACGGCCACCUGCGUGCUGGUUACGCCGCAGAAAAUCUACUUGGUCAACUGCGGCGACUCCCGGGCUGUGCUCUGCCGGAAGGGAAAGGCCCGUGUCAGCACCGUGGAUCAUAGGCCGACUUUGCCCGAGGAGAAGCUGCGCAUUAAAAAGGCCGGAGGCACUGUAAUGAUAGAUCGAGUAAACGGCAAUCUGGCCGUUUCCCGGGCAUUGGGCGACUAUCUGUACAAGCAGAAUUUGAGGCGGCGUCCCACCGAUCAAAUGGUAUCUCCGGAACCCGAUAUAAUCGAGUGUGAGCGUGUGGUUUGCGAUGAGUUUGUGGUGAUUGCCUGCGAUGGCAUUUGGGACGUGAUGAGCAGUAAAGAAGUCUGCGCCUAUAUCCACUCACGCCUCCUUGUCAACGACAACCUGCCCGAGAUUGUCAAUAGUAUUUUGGACAUUUGCCUGCACAAGGGGAGUAGGGAUAACAUGACACUGAUGCUGCUGCUGCUGCCGGGCGCACCGAAAAUCAGCGAAGCCGCCGUGAAGGCCGAUCAAAGUCUCGAUCAUAAGAUCGAACAAAUUACAAGGGAAGUCAUUGAGAAGAACGAUAUAUAUUUCUUUGAGCAUCUUUCAAGUCUCAUGGAUCGAAAGGCUGCCGGUAUAAAGAAUCUGCCGUCGGGCGGGGGACUAUAUGCCAAGUAUCACAUCAUUAAGAAAGUUUACCAAGAGUUAUUUCCCAAGAGGCCUAUCGAAUUUGAUGAAACUUAUUUGUAAUUAUAAUUGUGGCACUUCAUUAAAUUCUGAAUA